AUGGCUCAAGUUACGAAGGUAGUUAACGGCGCCGCCGAUGCUCAGGAUCUCCACUCGCUUCUCUCUUCUCCGGCGAGGGAUUUCCUCGUUCGCAAUGACGGCGCACAGGUGAAAAUUGACAGCUUGAAAGGGAAGAAGAUCGGAAUGUAUUUCUCAGCUGCGUGGUGCGGUCCAUGCCAAAGGUUCACUCCUCAGUUAGUUGAAGUGUACAACGAGCUCUCUGCAAAAGCCGGUUUCGAGGUUAUCUUCGUGUCAGGCGAUGAGGAUGAAGAGUCUUUCAAAGACUAUUUCGCCAAGAUGCCGUGGCUCGCUGUCCCUUUCACUGAUUCAGAGACUCGUGACCGCUUGGAUCAGAUCUUUAAGGUUAGAGGAAUCCCAAACCUGGUGAUGGUUGAUGAUCGUAGUGAAGUUGUGAAUGAGAACGGAGUCGGUGUCAUCCGAAGCUACGGAGCUGAUGCUUAUCCUUUCACGCCAGAGAGAAUGAAGGAGAUCAAAGAGGAAGAAGACAGAGCUCGGAAAGAACAGACUUUGAAAUCCGUCUUGGUGACUCCUUCAAGAGACUUUGUGAUCUCACAUGAUGGACACAAGGUACCUGUAUCGGAGCUUGAAGGGAAAACCAUUGGCCUUCUCUUCUCAGUGGCGUCUUACAGGAAAUGCAUUGAGUUUACUCCGAAGCUUGUAGAGGUUUACAACAAGCUGAAGGAGAAUAAGGAGGAUUUUGAGAUUGUGCUGAUAUCUCUUGAAGACGAUGAAGAGUCUUAUAAGCAGGACUUUGAGAGCAAGCCGUGGCUAGCGUUGCCGUUCAACGACAAAAGCUCGUCGAAGCUGGCUAGGCACUUCAUGCUCUCGACGCUACCGACUCUGGUCAUCCUCGGUCCCGAUGGGAAGAUCCGGCACACGAACGUCGCUGAAGCCAUCGAUGACUAUGGAGUUGUUGCGUAUCCUUUCACUCCUGAGAAGUUUCAAGAACUCAAGGAGAUUGAGAAGGCGAAGGCAGAGGCUCAAACGCUCGAGUCUCUUCUCGUCUCAGGUGAUCUCAACUACGUUCUUGGGAAAGAUGGGGCCAAGGUGCUUGUUUCUGAUCUGGUGGGGAAGAACAUUCUUCUCUACUUCUCAGGUCACUGGUGUCCUCCGUGUCGCGCGUUUACGCCAAAGCUUGUUGAAGUAUACAAGAAGAUAAAAGAGAAAGACGCAGCGUUCGAGCUGAUCUUCAUCUCCAGUGACCGAGACCAGGAAUCGUUCGAUGAGUACUACUCUCAGAUGCCGUGGCUGGCUCUUCCGUUCGGCGAUCCAAGGAAACCGUCAUUGGCGCGAGCCUUUAAAGUUGGUGGCAUCCCGAUGCUAGCGGCGCUGGGACCGACGGGGAAAACCGUGACGAAAGAAGCAAGGGACCUUGUGGUAGCUCAUGGAGCCGAUGCUUACCCUUUUACGGAAGAGCGUGUGAAGGAGAUUGAAGCUAAGUACAAUGAGAUGGCGAAAGAUUGGCCUAAGAAAGUGAAACAUGCGCUUCACGAAGAGCAUGAGCUAGAACUGAGUCGUGUUCAGGUUUACACUUGCGAUAAGUGUGACGAAGAAGGGAGAAUCUGGUCUUACCAUUGUGAGGAGUGCGACUUUGAUCUCCAUGCCAAGUGCGCUUUGAACGAGGAGGCGUUCACAACCGCCGGCGAUAAUGGUGAUGUGAAAGAAAGUGGCGGCGGUGGUGGCGGCGAGUCUAAAGAUGGUUGGGUUUGUGACGGACAUUUGUGCACCAAGUCCUGCUAG